GAUAUUGUCGAAGUUUUUACCAAAAUUUCAAUCCACUCUUUAUACUAUUCAUAAGAAUAAAGAAAUUUGGCAAAUAUUAUUAGAAAAAUUUAAACAAAAUCAAUUAAUAAAUUAUACAAAUGAUUUAUUAUUUAAUAAAUAUUAUAAUAAAUUAAUAGAAGAAUAUCUGUGA